AUGGAUAGCAGCAGUAGGUCAGCAUUCCAAGAGCUUGUCAAGGCCUAUGGGGAUCAAGCUCGGUCUUUGUUGGAAGGAGGAGUGGACGUGCUACUUGUCGAAACCGUUUUUGACACCGCUAACGCCAAGGCUGCACUGUUUGCUAUUCGCGGGCUAUUCGAGGACGAAGGUCUGAUGAAGUAUCCGAAGUACCAGUGUUUCUUUCCGGCACAAUUGUAG